AUGGCAGACCAUAAGAUUGAAGCCACUACGGUUGAUGACAACACUUUAGGCCCUCCCAUAUCUUCCGAAUCAGACACUUUGUUCCUCAAAACAUUAGGCCCUCCAAUAUCUCCCACUUCCAUUCCCGAAUCAGUAUCUUCUGAUAGUUCCAUCCCAAAAUCAUUUGUAUCCGAUUUGGAGAAAUUGGAUCUUGCUCAAGAACGUUUGGAACGCUAUGUCGACGAAGUAGACGAGUCCCCUUGUCCAGACUCUGGUUUGAAAACCAACGCUGCAUAUGUACGUACAGUCAACGAAUCUUACCGCUCAGAUCCCGACUCUUUUAAAGCCAAGGCAACCAAGUUACGAGAAGAUGCCAUAAACAAAACACUGGAUAGUAUUAAAAACUCGAUGAGUGUUGAUUUUUGCUUUGUCUUGGAUUGCACCGGAUCUAUGCAAAGUUAUAUUGCCGCUGCUAAAGAUAGCAUCUUACGAAUAGCCGAGUGCGCAAAGCAGGCGAAUCAAAGCAUUACCAUCCGGGUCGGAUUUUGUGGUUAUCGUGAUCAUUGCGACAAUACCAAUCGUUUGCAAGUUUUUGAUUUCACAGACUCGUACGAAAGCUUUAAAUCAUAUCUAUCCAGCGUGCAAGCGACCGGUGGCGGCGAUACCCACGAAGACGUUUUGGGCGGUCUAAACGCAGCUGUAACGCGAAUGUCUUGGCACACGGGUACGCGCAUUAUUUUUCACAUUGGAGAUUGUCCUCCGCAUGGCUGUCGUUACGGGUCGUAUGGGGAUUCUCGCCCGAAUGGUGAUCCAUUCGGCUUGACGGCAGAAAGUGUACUAGGAAAAAUGCAAUCGGAAAAUAUAUUCUACUCUUUUGGAAAAAUUACGAAUAUGACCGAUAAAAUGAUUGAAAUUUUUCAGGGUAUACUUGGCCAGUUUCAAGUACUCGAUCUUUCUUCUGGAGAUGCAAUCUCAUUAGUCGACAAACUUUCCAAGGCAUCUUGUUCGAUUAUCACCACUUCUGUUUCAUUAACUACCACCAUCGGAAAGACCAUGGAUAUAAACGCCUACUGGCGAAACCGUAGGAUGAAUCCAACAGAACCUAAUUGGGUUAAUUAUUCGCCGUACACCGCAAUACUUAUGGGGUAUCCUGUUCCCAAGACUGUGGACGAUCUCAAGGACAGCAAAUACUUUCGCAAGUCAAACAUUGUUACUGAAAAAAUUUCUUACAAUAUUUCGGAGCAGCCAUUUUCUGUUGGAGCCGAAAGAUUUGCAUACUAUGGGCUUGAUGUCACACGCGAACCGUCCCAGAAAAAAGUGAUAAAAGAAUACGUUAGUAUCAGGGAAGGAACCAAUCCAAUAGAAAGAUAUCUUGAAGCGGUGGAGAUAUCUGUUGUCGCAUCUUAUCUUUCGGCGGCAUUUAAUAAUGCUACAUCGCCCUUUGGAGUCAAAAAGAUAAGAUUUCUCGAGGCGAAAGUGUUGUGUAAUGUUGCAGAUUCUUCCAAUACUCGGUACUACACGAUAGAAUCAAGACUCGAUGGAGAAUUCAAGCGAUUCAAUGUAAACAGUGGUGUAAUUGUAGAUUUUCGUCCCUGUCUCGAAGCAUUUGCCCAUUUCACAUAUGAACAUACGAAAAAAUAUUUACUGCUUACCGAUAUUCAAGGAAUUGAGAAUGCUGACGAGUUUGUCUUGACGGAUUCAGCGAUACAUUGUACUGAUACAUUACGAUUCGGAAAGACAAAUCUCGGUGGACGGGGGAUCCUCAAAUGUUUUUUGGAAAACCACAAGUGUAACGAUAUUUGUAAUAAUUUAGGAUUACGUCUUUAA